CGCAGCCUUCCUCAGCGCCGGGAGGCGGGCAGCUGCCGAGCGUGCUAGCGGCCGGUGUGUUUCUCCAAGUCGCUGUCUUCUGGACUCCGGCCGGUGGUCGGCAUGGCCCGUGGAAAUCAAAGAGAACUUGCCCGCCAGAAAAAUAUGAAAAAAAAACCCCAGGAAAUUAGCAAAGGAAAAAGAAAAGAGGAUACCUUGACUACCUCUCAGAGAAAGCAGAGGGACUCUGAGAUCAUGCAGCAAAAGCAGAAGAUAGCCAAUGAGAAGAAAUCUAUGCAGACAAGAGAAAAAUGAUGACUGGCUUUGUGGAAAACACUGGUGCUAUUGCCAGUGGGUGCAUCAUAAGCUCUAAGAUCAGAAUUUCUCAGAGUGACUAAUCAUUACAUGUGUCAUAACUUAUCCUUAUAAACUGACUAUUUUAAACUUUACUUUUCAGCCUUACUUAAUAUGGUGUUUUAAGACCAUUCUUCAAAGAAUAAAGUACUGACCA